GAAAACGUUACGACGGUCGACGACGUCUUCGACUCUUCAUGUAAUCGUGUCGCUGUCGCGUGUGCGCGUCUCGAGUACGCGGUYGUGCUUUCCUGUUCUGGCUUCGGAUAGUCGUUUUAUCGUUAUAAUUUACAUUAUAUUUUAUUUUACAACGUGUGUGAACGCCCUAUAACAUAUCGGAGUUUCGCAUCCGGUGACAACACUUUUUUUUUUAUCGUUGUAUCCGAAUCCAACGCACGUCGUUCACCGGUGGCGUAGUCGCCAAUCGUAUUUUAAUUUAAAAAUGCAUGUACCACGAAAAAUGUGAUAUAUAAUCUGACCGUUGUUUUACUUUGGCAUUUUGUUGUAUUCGUUGUGGACGGACAGGUGGACUUCGUUGUGCCAUGUACGAGAUAACAACAAUAUACUGUGAUAUAAUAAUAAAGUGUCGUGUGUUUCAUAAGUAAAUACCGAAUUGAACAUCUACACAAAUAUUGAUGAUUUUUCUAAUGGCUCUCAACACUUAUCGAAACUCUGGUGCAAUUAAGAAAAUAUAAAACCGAUCCAUAUCAAUCGUUUUAAUAAUUUUCGAUUAAUGUUUACUCGGAUCAUCAAUUAUUAACUUAGUUAUUAUGUUUAAUAAAUAGAGUAAACUUUCUAUUUUGAGAAAAAAAAAGUAUUCUUAAAGAAAAUCGGUUUAUGUAUAUUUAAUCUGCACUAUCGGCUGUGCGAGAAAAGCGUAAAAAUCGUAAAUUUCACAUCACGUAWUGUCGAAUGCCACGAUCGCCGUGCAAUGAGCCACUAAAGUAAAAGCGUUUCAAAUCAUAUUAUCUACACCGCUGUGCAGUGAUUUUCUUUCAAAUAAUCGUUUGGAUAGAUAAUAAAAUCAUACAAUAUUUCUUGUGUCAAAAUGGUUCUUGUUGAACAAUAUCCACCAAUGACGAUCUUAUAUGACCCAACAAUUAGAAAGGAUUCCACAACCAAUGGUGUUGCGUCUCCACAAUUUGCCAACGAACAAGAGCUGUGUCUUAUGUACUUUGAUAAAUGGAGCGAACAACACCAAAUCGAUUUUGUCGAACACCUAUUGGCACGCAUGUGUCAUUACCAACACGGACACAUAGACACAUAUCUAAAACCUAUGUUACAGAGAGACUUCAUAUCACUCUUACCCAAAAAAGGCCUAGACCAUGUGGCCGAAAAUAUUUUAUCUUACCUCGACGCUGAAUCUUUAUAUGCUGCAGAGUUGGUAUGUAAAGAAUGGUAUAGGGUAAUCUCAGAAGGUAUGCUUUGGAAAAAACUAAUUGAACGUAAAGUACGUACAGAUUCAUUAUGGCGAGGACUUGCUGAACGAAGAGGAUGGAUUCAGUACUUGUUCAAACCAAAGCCAGGUGAACACCACCCAGACCACUUCUCCUAUAGAGCUCUGUUUCCUAAAAUUAUACAAGACAUAGAAAGUAUAGAAUCAAAUUGKCGAACUGGCCAUUUUCUAUUACAAAGGAUAAAUUGCCGAUCAGAAAACUCCAAAGGUGUAUACUGUUUACAAUAUGAUGACAAUAAAAUUGUCUCAGGUUUACGUGAUAAUACCAUAAAAAUAUGGGAUAGAAAUACAUUAGAAUGUGUUAAGGUAUUAACUGGCCAUACCGGGUCAGUUUUAUGUUUGCAAUAUGACGACAAAGUGAUUGUGAGUGGUUCCAGYGAUAGUACAGUUCGUGUAUGGAACGUUGUUACUGGUGAAAUGGUCAAUACUCUAAUACACCACUGUGAAGCAGUCUUACAUUUAAGGUUUAGCAACAAUAUGAUGGUCACUUGUUCAAAAGAUCGAUCAAUAGCUGUAUGGGAUAUGGUAUCAACUAGUGAAAUGACUUUGCGGCGUGUCUUGGUUGGUCACCGAGCUGCAGUGAAUGUUGUUGAUUUUGAUGAUAAAUACAUUGUAUCAGCUUCUGGAGACCGUACUAUUAAAGUAUGGAAUACAUCAAGCUGUGAGUUUGUGCGUACCCUCAAUGGUCACAAACGUGGUAUUGCCUGUCUUCAGUAUAGAGAUCGAUUAGUAGUUAGUGGAAGUUCUGAUAAUACCAUCAGGUUGUGGGAUAUUGAAUACGGUGCUUGUUUGAGAGUACUUGAGGGCCAUGAAGAACUAGUACGAUGCAUUAGAUUCGAUAGUAAAAGAAUUGUCAGUGGCGCAUAUGACGGGAAAAUCAAAGUAUGGAAUUUAGUGGCAGCUUUAGAUCCCAGAGCACCAGCAUCUACUUUAUGUCUACGUACACUUAUGGAGCACUCGGGACGAGUGUUUCGACUCCAGUUUGACGAGUUCCAAAUAGUCAGUUCUUCGCACGAUGAUACAAUACUUAUUUGGGACUUCCUCAAUUACAAUGAUACAAGUAAUUCAGCAGCGAGUGUUAACCAUACCAAUGAAAACGUGCCUUCUAUACUUCCUGGUUUUGAUUAAUCCAAUAGGCUAGUGAUCUGUAAUUGACUGGAUCAGGUUCGGGUAUAAUUUAUACAGAACUUAUUUUAAAAUAUCGCUAAAAGAUGGUCAAAAAAUAUUCUAUCACAUCUUGUUCUCAUU